CUACAGGGGUGGUUCGUUUUAACCUUUGCAUAAUGGCUAUUGCCCAAAUUAAGUAAUAUGUAAUUCCUUCUCUCAUGACUGUUCUAUUUACGCCCAAGCCCUCAAUUUCAUUUAUUUCCCUACGAUAUAUCGUUUCGUUAUUCAUGUUUAUCCCCUGAUUUCAUUGAUUUUCCCAAUCAUUUCCCAAUUCUCACCCUGCUAAAGCCAUGGGCUAUCAACAGCGUGAUCCCUUGCAAAUUCCAAUCCCGAAAACCUCAGAUCCUUACGAUACCAUAAGCAAUUCAUCUGCGUGGUUGGAAAUCCGUCUCUUUUACAUUCGAAUCGCGCCCUGCCUAGUUGACAGCGUGCCGGAUCACCUCACCCUCUACUACCUCCGCCAUGAAAUUGGUUUCUUGCUCGAAAUCAACGGCUCCUGUGUCCCGGCUUCUGAUUCCGCUUCGUUUACCCUCCGCCGCGACCGUCUCAACCGAGAAUCAUCCGAGGUCACUUAUGUAAGUACGGAUAGCGUUCGCGUCACGGGAGGGUUUGAAUUCGAGGUGCACGAGAAUGAAAAGAUGAUGUUGUGUGGCUCUUUGGAGAGGAUGGAAGGCGAAUGGAGCAUGGAUUGUCAUCUAUCAGCAGCGGUAAUGAAGCCUGGGAAUUCUGCCUUUUUCAGGAAAAAGGGGGUUUCAGUGCCGGGAAUUGAAGUUUAUAUAGCGGGGUGUUCUGCGGGUGUGCCCAUGAUAUUGACCAAGACGAUACCCGUGAGUCCUCGGAGGAAAAGUGGAACGAGGCUUAGUUCGAUGCUGGAUGCAAUUCCUGAGGAUGAGGAGAUUGACAAAGGGAAUAAUAAAGAUGGAAAUGGAUUGAUUAGACACCGCAAUUUACAGAUUGCAGAACCUGAACUUGAAGAUUAUGACGACGAUGGGAAAAUUGGACACAGUUACUACUCUGAAGAUAUGUAUGCUGGUGAGGAUGGUCAACUUUCAUGGUUUAAUGCUGGUGUUAGAGUUGGUGUUGGAAUUGGCCUUGGGAUGUGCCUUGGGGUUGGAAUCGGAGUUGGGCUGCUAAUGCGAUCAUAUCAAACAACUACUCGGAACUUUAGGAGAUCGUCUGGGCUCAGAUCCUCUGCCACAAUGCCUCGCCGUAACAACCCUACGCCUCUCCCUUUGGUCGUUUCCCUCAACUGCGUGGAGGACUGCGUCCUCGAACAAGAAUCAUUGGCCGACGUAGCACUCGUGGAGCAUGUCCCUCUCAGCCGCUUAGCCGAUGGGAAGAUCGAGACCGCCGUGGCUGUCCUCCUUCACUCCCUUGCCUACCUUCCUCGAGCUGCCCAGCGACGCCUCCGUCCUUACCAGCUCAUCCUCUGUCUCGGAUCAUCUGACCGCGCCGUCGACUCUGCCUUAGCCGCUGACCUCGGACUGCGUCUUGUACAUGUCGAUGUCUCACGAGCUGAGGAGAUCGCUGACACUGUCAUGGCGCUAUUUCUUGGCUUGCUCCGUCGCACGCACUUGCUCUCUCGUCACGCGCUUUCCGCUUCCGGAUGGCUCGGCUCGGUUCAGCCGCUUUGUAGGGGAAUGAGGCGGUGCCGAGGACUAGUGUUGGGAAUUGUUGGCAGAUCUGCGUCCGCCCGGUCUCUGGCAUCCAGAAGCUUGGCCUUCAAAAUGAGUGUGCUUUAUUUUGAUAUUGUGGAGGAAAAUGGAAAAGUAAGUAGGUCUUCUAUAAGGUUUCCACCGGCUGUCCGUAGAAUGGAUACUCUUAAUGAUUUACUUGCUGCAAGUGACCUUAUAUCACUUCAUUGUGCUUUAACAAAUGAAACUGUUCAGAUUAUCAAUGCUGAAUGCUUGCAGCAUGUAAAACCUGGGGCUUUUCUUGUGAAUACGGGCAGCAGCCAGCUCUUAGAUGAUUGUGCAUUAAAGCAGCUUCUCAUCGAUGGCACCUUAGCUGGUUGCGCUCUUGAUGGAGCUGAAGGGCCACAGUGGAUGGAAGCAUGGGUGAAGGAGAUGCCCAAUGUAUUGAUACUUCCACGAAGUUCAGAUUAUAGUGAAGAAGCCUGGAUGGAGAUAAGGGAGAAGGCUAUCUCUAUGUUGCAAACUUUUUUCUUUGAUGGGGCUAUUCCAAAGGAUGCCAUUUCUGAUGAGGAUGAGGAAGAAAGUGAAAUAGUCGAUGAAAAAGGAUUUAGCAUACAGGACAAAGAAAGUGCUUUGCAAGGAUCUAGUGGUGAACAGUUGAUCAAUGAGAUCCAACCAAGUCCUGAAAGCUCCGUCAGAAAGGAUUCCAAUCAAUCGAAGCAGUCUCCUAAUCAAAAUCUGGGUUCUGGUUUAUCUCAUAAUAUUGCCACCGAAUCAGGUGGGAGACGCAGCAGAUCAGGAAAAAAGGCCAAAAAGAGGCUGGCCCGUCAAAAAACCCUACAGAAAUCAGAUGAACCCUUAAUCUUAGAGAAAGAAAGUACUUCACAAAGAGAAGAUGACACUGCUAUUAGUGGUACUGAUCAGGCACUAAGUUCUCGGUCUCGGUCUCCUGAAGACUCGAGAAGUAGGAAAACCCCUAUGGAAUUAAUGCAAGUUUCAAUGUCUGAUCAGCUUCUUAAAACUAGCAAGAAACUAAGUGGCCUGUCUGGUGGUUCACUGAAGGAUGGAUAUAUUAUAGCUUUGUAUGCAAGAGAUCGUCCUGCACUCCAUGUAUCCAGGCAAAGAGUUAAAGGUGGUGGUUGGUUCCUAGACACCAUGUCUAAUGUAACCCAAAGAGAUCCUGCAGCACAGUUCCUUGUUGUCUACAGAAACAAGGAGACCAUUGGUCUACGUUCUUGUGCUGCUGGUGGGAAAUUGCUGCAGAUUAAUAGAAGAAUGGAGUUUGUAUUUGCUAGUCACAGCUUUGAUGUUUGGGAGAGUUGGACGGUGCAAGGUCCUUUGGAGGAAUGUAGGCUGGUCAAUUGCAGAAACCCUUCAGCGGUUUUGGAUGUACGCAUAGAGAUUCUGGCAGCUAUAGGGGAUGAUGAUGGGGUCACUCGCUGGCUUGAUUAGAUUGUGAACAUAUUUGGAGCGGCUGACCAUUUUUCUUUCUGGAUUUUAAGUUUUAGUCUUCUGAGUUUGAAUGUUGUGCAUCGAGUGUGUAAAGCAUUCUUUUUUAUUUUUGGAGGGUUUUAGAAUGGAUUUGUUAUGGUGUGAGCCUAAUGAUGUAAUGAAUGUACUUUACGCGA